AAGAUCUGUCGACGCGUAACGACGAAUAAAUCUCGCCAUGGCACUAGUUCAGCUGUUUUGGCUAGUUGCUCUUGCUUUGCUGGCCGGUUAUCUUUGGAUCAAAAAGAGAUUCAAUUUUUGGAAGGAUUGCGGAGUGGAGUAUAUCGAACCGGAGUUCCCGUAUGGGAAUUUUAAGACGCUCGGAAAGGUGGAGCACAUUGCGCCAAUUACGCAGCGCCACUACGACUACUUCAAGCAGAAAGGCGUCCCAUAUGGAGGUGUGUUCAUGUUGACUUCCCCGCUGCUGUAUAUUUUAGACACGAAACUGAUCAAGACGCUGCUGGUAAAGGAUUUCAACUCUUUCCCUAAUCGGGGAGUGUAUUUCAACGAGAAGGAUGACCCUCUUUCGGCGCACAUGUUCGCCAUCGAAGGAAACAAAUGGAAAACGCUAAGGAACAAGCUAUCUCCGACGUUUACGAGCGGCAGAAUCAAGAUGACCUUCCCGUUGGUGGUGGGGGUGUGUCAGCAGUUUUGCGAUCACUUGGAGGAGGUCGUGCAGCGAGGGAAUGAGGUGGAAAUGCAUGAUCUGCUGUCCAGGUAUACGAUUGAUGUGAUUGGAACGUGUGCUUUCGGGAUCGAUUGCAAUAGCUUCCGAGAUCCGGAUAAUGAAUUCAGGAAGUAUGGCAAGAUUGCAUUCGAUAAGCUGCCUCACUCGCCGUUGGUGGUGUACCUAAUGAAGGCUUUCCGAAGCUACGCAAAUGCAUUGGGAAUGAAGCAACUUCAUGAGGACGUUUCCUCGUUCUUCUUGAAGGUUACAAAGGAUACGAUUGAAUAUCGCGAAAAGAAUAAUGUUAUUAGGAGUGACUUUAUGGACUUGUUGUUGAAGUUGAAGAACACGGGUAGAUUGGAAGAAUCCGGUGAAGAAAUCGGAAAGAUUUCGUUCGAAGAGAUUGCAGCUCAGGCGUUUAUAUUCUUCACUGCCGGUUACGACACUUCCUCCACCGCAAUGACCUAUACCCUGUACGAGCUGGCACUCAAUCAGGAGGCCCAGGAAAAAGCUCGCAAGUGCGUGCUCGAGAUCUUUGCUGCGAACAAUGGCGCUCUUACGUACGAAGCCGCCGCCAAUAUGGGUUAUCUCGAUCAGUGUAUUAACGAAACGCUACGCAAACAUCCUCCGGUGGCCAUCUUGGAGCGGAACGCCGAUAAGGACUACCGUCUGCCGGAUAGCAAUGUGGUUAUCAAAAAAGGUCGCAAGAUUAUGAUCCCCACCUUCGCGAUUCAUCAUGAUGCCGAGCAUUUCCCCGAUCCAGAGGCAUACGACCCAGAUCGGUUUUCACCGGAACAGGUGGUUAAACGGGAUCCAUAUUGUUAUUUGCCGUUCGGGGAGGGGCCCAGGAUUUGCAUCGGAAUGCGAUUCGGAACGAUUCAGGCCCGCGUUGGGUUGGCCAGUCUGUUGAGGAGGUUCCGGUUUAGCGUGUGCGACAAAACGCAGAUUCCGGUCAAGUAUUCGAGGACGAACUUCAUCCUUGGACCGGCCAACGGAGUGUGGUUGAAGGCAGAGAUGUUGUGAAAUAGGAUUUUGAUAAUUGAAGCAUGAAAU